CUUUGACUGACUACUUUUAUUAUACUUAGGACUUAGUUGUAGUGAACUCUCUGAAUUAUAAUCUUUUGUAUCAUUAAACUUUUAAAAAUGUGGUGCUUUGGUUUAAAUUGUGGCAGAGACCUCUCUUUGGUGCUUUUUUAUAUUAUUAUUGAGUUUGCAGCGGCCAAUCCAAGUUCAUCCAGGAUAGAAUGCGAUGAAUUAAAACCAGAAUGCUUAAAACAAACCCUACAAAAGGCUGUACCAAAUUUCUUGAAGGGUAGGCCUGAGGUAGGCGUGGAAGUACUGGAUCCAUUUUACAUCGAUAAACUGGAAAUGACUCUAGCUGGAGGGCUCAAAAUCAAGUUUACCAAUGGUCAUGCUAAAGGCCUUAGGAAAUGUAUCGUUGAGAAAGCAAGAGUCAUGCAUGACGUAAUAGAAACACAAUUUCUCUGUAAUCUCACGGUCAAAGGAAAGUACAAGUCAAGUGGAAGAUUGUUGAUGUUCCCCAUCAACGGAGACGGUGAUGCAGCUAUCAGAUGCAAAAACCUUAGAGUUAAUCUAACCCUACAGCUGAGAUCGAUCAAGGGAUCAGGGGAUACCUAUUUAGAAAUUGUGAACUCGCAAAGCAAACAUAGCUACGAGGGCCAAAUUCAGUACAAUUUGACUAAUUUAAUCAAAGGCAGUCCUGAAACGAGUAAAACUCUGUUAAACUUUAUGAACCAGAAUUGGCAUAUGGUAGCCCAGGAGUUCGGAGAUCCUCUUGUGGAUUUUGGAGUAAAGGUCAUUCUUAGGAACAUAAAGAAGUUGAUCAGCGCUGUACCCAUGAAUCAACUGUUUACGACGUGGGAACCAGUUCCAGCAUAAUGUUGUUUGGUACUUACGAGGAUGAUAUUACGUCGAUGACUCUGUUACAAUGAGAUUAAUGAUUCGAUUACACGGCACAUUGAUAGUUUUGUAAUUGUAAAUAGUUAUUAUUUAUAAAAAUAUUGUAAUUUAUUCGCACUUAUGGAAAAACUAAUACACUUAGUAGGUGCGAGUGUUGCUAAUGUUAGUUUGGUUUUAGUUGGAAUCAAUAAAACAAUCCACUUUGCA